CUCUCACAUCUCCACUCUCUCCUCUGCAGCUGAAGCUCAAACACCUCCUGAUCCUUCAUCACCAUGACAAGCUUUACCACCAGGUCUCUCGGCGGUGGAGGUUUAAUGAGCGGCGGCGGGUUUGGUGGCAUGAGGAUGUCCACUUCCUCCUCUGCCAUGUCCAUGUACAGUGGUGGCCGCAGCGGUGGAGGUGGUGGUGGUGGUCGAGCUGGAGGAGCCAGCUACAGCUUUAGCUUUGGUGGUGGAGCAGGCGGUGGAGCAGGUGGUGGUGACAGCAUGAACAUCUCUGCCAAUGAGAAGGCCACCAUGCAGAACUUGAAUGACCGUCUGGCCACCUACCUGGAUAAGGUCCGCAAACUGGAGGUAGCCAAUGCAGAGCUGGAGAAGAAGAUCAGGGAGUUCCUGGAGAAGAAGACCUCACCAUCUUCCAAAGACUACAGUGCCUACUUUGUCACAAUCGCAGAACUGCAGGGAAAGAUCCAGCUAGCCACUGUAUUCAACGGUGGGAUCUACCUCUCCAUUGACAACGCCAAGCUGGCUGCCGAUGACUUCAGGCUGAAGUACGAGACCGAGCUGUCCAUGCGUCAGUCUGUGGAGGGCGACAUCGCCGGGCUCAAACGGCUCCUGGACGAAAUGACACUCGCCAGAUCUGACCUGGAGAUGCAGAUUGAAGGCCUAAAGGAGGAGCUGAUCUACAUGAAGAAGAACCAUGAGGAGGAGCUUAUGGCAAUGGGCACUCAGAUGAGUGGACAGGUGAACGUUGAGGUGGAUGCUGCUCCAGGGGAAGACCUGACCAAGAUCAUGGAGGAGAUGAGGGAGCACUACGAGGCUGUCGCUGCCAAGAACCGCAGGGAACUAGAGGGGUGGUUCCAGAGCAAGUCAGAAGGGCUCAAUAAAGAAGUCACCACCCACACUGAAACUAUCCAGACCUCCAAGUCAGAGAUCACAGAGCUAAAACGGACGCUGCAGAGCCUGGAGAUUGAGCUGCAAGCACAACUCAGCAUGAAAGCCGGCCUGGAAAGCACAGUGGCCGAGACUCAGAACCGCUACUCCAUGCGUCUGGCCGGUUACCAGAACCAGGUUUUGUCUCUGGAGUCGCAGCUCACGCAGCUGAGAGCCGACCUGGAGAGGCAGAGACAGGAGUACCAGAUGCUUCUAGACAUGAAGACAAGGUUGGAGAUGGAGAUCGCAGAGUACAGAAGGCUCCUGGAUGGAGAGGGAGGCGGCAGCGUCUCCUCCUCCAAAGCCUCCACCAUCUCCACUGCCGCCUCCACAGCUGCCUCCUCAUCCUCCUCCUCCUCCACCACCACCACCACCAGGUACGUCGUUGUAGAAGAGGUGAUGGUGGAUGGAAAGGUGGUGAGCACUUCCACACAGGAGGCCAAUUGAGCUCGAGCAGUUGUUGCAGAAACUGACCCAAAAAUCUAAUUCUGCUAAGGUGCUUGAAAAAUAAAAGUCAUUAACAAAAUCCA